CCCCAACCUAACAAGAUGCCUUUCAACACAGCCUUGACACGAAAGCUCGGUAUUCGAGUGCCCGUCGUACAGGGGGGUAUGCAAUGGGUUGGAUACGCUGAGCUGGCCUCAGCUGUCAGCAACGCAGGCGGACUUGGACUUCUCACAGCCCUCACCCAACCAACCCCCGAAGACCUCCGCAAAGAAAUCCGCAGAUGUCGGACCAUGACCAAAUACCCCUUCGGAGUGAACCUGACCCUCCUUCCCGCCAUCGUUCCCCCCGACUAUGCCGCCUACGCCCAAGUCAUCAUCGACGAAGGUGUCAAGAUCGUCGAGACCGCCGGUAACAACCCAGGCCCCGUCAUCACCCAGCUGAAGAAGGCUGGCACCAUUAUCCUGCACAAGUGCACAACAAUCCGCCAUGCAAAGUCCGCCGUCAAGCUCGGCGUGGACUUCCUUUCCAUCGAUGGCUUUGAGUGUGCCGGCCACGUCGGUGAGCACGAUAUCACCAACUUCAUCCUUUUGAGCCGUGCUCGUCAGGAACUCGGCAUUCCGUUCAUCGCCUCGGGUGGAUUUGCCGAUGGCCAGGGUCUUGCUGCUGCCCUGGCUCUUGGUGCCGAGGGUAUCAACAUGGGUACUCGCUUUAUGAGCACUGUUGAAGCUCCCAUCCACCAGAAGGUUAAGGAGGCUAUUGUCGCGGCACAGGAAACUGAUACUGCGCUUGUCCUGCGUCGGUGGAAGAACACCUCCCGUCUUUUCGCUAAUAAGGUGGCUAAGGAUGCAUUGAAGGUGGAGCAGGAGACCAAGACUGGCGAAUUCAGUGAGGUCCAACCCUAUGUUAGCGGCCAGCGGGGCCGUCAGGUCUUCAUCAAUGGUGACGUUGAUUUCGGCGUGUGGACUGCCGGUCAGGUUAUCGGCUUGAUCCAUGACAUCCCGACUUGCGAGGUCCUGCUCACUCGGAUUGAGAAGGAGGCCCUAGAGGCCAUGGCCCGGACCAGAUCUUUGUUUACCGAUGCCCCCUCCAGCAAGCUUUGAAGGGUUUUAUGUUACAGAUGUGUAUUUAGCUUCAUAUUGUUUGGAAAGAUCCAAU